AUGUUCUCCCCCGAGACGGCGCAACGAGUCCUUCUCGAUGAAGGGUUCGUCGACCUAGAGGAUGCGACAGUGGGUGAUAUUGUUUUGGAGAUGGAGAGGAGGGACUUUCCGUACCUGACACCAUUUGGACUCAAGUAUUGCAAGGAACACAUCCUCGAAGACGAGCGUAUUCGAGUCGUUGUCGAAUCCUCCCUCGGCGAGUGCAGCCUCGGACACUGGCUUCGAUACAGUGCUCAGCCCGGCCAUAUCGAGUGCUUCAGGAGGGGUGGCAAACAGGCUGGCCUACGUGUUCUUGUCGUCCAACAAUUCUGCAAGGAAUCUGAGGUUGAGAUCUGGCACGGUUCGCAUUUGCAUGGUCUACCCACGACGGAUGGCAUCCGAUCCUUGCACGAGACCACUCGACUUGAACUUGAAAAGGCGGGCUGCAUUGUCGAGUCGAAGAAGUUCCAAUCGGGAGGCCUAAUUAUCCGAGAUGCUCGAACGUACGCCGAAAUAAUGAAGGGAUACGCAAUAACGUUCCUUUUUGCGGUAGAGGAUGCCCUCUCCGGCUGGCCGAAGAUCCUUCUCGCAAAUUCCCCCGAGCUCGUCCGUCUGGCCGUCAAGAUGGAAACACCCAAGAUCAGGCUGAACUUUGCUAUCAAAGAUACAAGCGCGUGA